AUUGUCAAUGUGUUUUAUAUUGUUCCAAAAUAAACUUUUUCCUAAUAUCUUAACGCUGUAUAAGUUUUAUAAGAACUGCAACUUAAAAUUAAUUUAUGAAAUAACUUAUAGACUAAAUUUUUUUAAAUAUUCAAGCUAGAAAGUGAAAAAGUAUACACAAAAUGGUCGAGGGUGAACCAGCACAUAAAUCUAAUGAGUUAUCAAAAGAGGAAAAUCAACAAUCAAAUGAAGAAGCUGCAUCUACUGAAUUAGUUGUUAGACAUCCAUUGGAAAAUAAAUGGACUUUAUGGUUUUAUGAAAAUAAAAAUAAAAAUUGGGAAGAUAAUGUCCAUGAAGUGGCUAGUUUUGACACUGUAGAAGAUUUUUGGUGCUUGUUUAAUCACAUUAAACCUCCCAGUCAACUUUCUAUGAACUGUGAUUACAAUUACUUUAAAAAUGGAAUAAAACCAAUGUGGGAAGAUCCAAGUAAUACUAAAGGAGGUCGUUGGCUAUUGCAGUUACCUGCAGCAAAAUCUAAUCCAUAUGUAGAUGAAUACUGGAAAAAUAUUAUAAUGAGUAUAAUUGGUGAAGUAUACAAUGAACAAAGUCAUGAAAUUAAUGGAGCAAUAGUUAAUGUGCGAGGAAAAGGAACCAAAAUAGCAGUGUGGACUAAUAAUGCCUCGAAAGAUAAUGCUGAGAAUAUAUUAGCUAUAGGAAAAAAAAUUCGAGAAAUACUAGGGUCUCAAAAUGAAAAAUUGGUGUACGAGUCUCAUACAGAUACAGCAACUAAAGUUGGAUCAUUCGCCAAGCCUGCUUUUGUGUUAUAAUUUUUUUAAUUUAUAAAGAAGAAUUAUCCCAGUUAUGAUAAAGACACGUGGGGCAGCUUAUCAUUACUGAUAAAGUUUAUUUUUGUUAAAAAUACAUCAAUUUCGUAUUGUAACAGUAUGUUUAUAUUUAAUAUCAAUAAAACCUGUUUUCCCACUGUAACAUAUCAA